AUGAAACGAAAUGGCGUGCAGGUCGGCGCGGGUCACUCGCCCAACGAGGAGGAAGGCGAAGCGGAGGAGCGAGGCGAGGACGUGCGACGCGCGUCAGCGGGCGGCGCCUCUGACGCCUCAGCCCCUGCCCGCCCCAGUCAGGGGCUGCGGCAGACGUCGCUGACCAGCAAGCCGCGGGGCGGGAGCUUGAGAGGCGACAGCGACUACGCUUCGGCGGGCGGGCUCUCCGGGGGACGCAGCGAGCCGCCAUCAGAGGCUGCCCCCGGACCGCGCUCGGCUAGAGAGGGGAACGCGCCGCAGCCGACGCGCAGACGAGGUUUCGUCGCGCUCGUCACCAGCGGCGGCCGGCCGAAGCUCUGGUGCUUGCCGCGAGGGCUGAGGGGCGCCGGCAAGCGGCCAGGAGCAACACCACCCGACACGCGAACUCCGCACUUUGAUGGGCAGCAAAAGAGGACGAAUUCGCCCAGGCAGCGCCGCCGCGGAGGGCGACUGGCGCCCGCCGCAAUCGUGUCAAAGAAAACACGCGCUUUGCCGCAGUGCCUCCGCAUCAACAGAUUGUCCUGCAUGGCAGACCCCGCCGGCACAGAUGCGACACGAUCUCACGGCGAGGACGUGGGGGAUGUCCUCAAGUUCUUGCAAGGGACAGGAAGUGAGCCGCAGUUCCUGUUGAUGUAUCCCCCGCACCGAACCCUUCUUUGGUCGCUCUCCGACCCCCUAGUUCUCCUCGCUUUCUACCACUACCUCGAAGAAAUCCGCAUUGCCCGCAUUCUCGCCGUGACCGGCUAUCGGUCUGCCGAUGCGUGCGUCAUUGAUGCCCGUGGAAUGGGAUUUGUCUCAGGCGAUCUGCUGCUUAUGCUUGACGUCCUCCACACUUUCUUUUACUCGCGCAAGUACAUCCCGAAAGCGCGAGUGCGCGAGUUCACGCGUCGCUUGGUGGAGCCGUGUCUGCUAGUGCUGCAGCCGGCGGGCUUGGUGUCGCCGGCACUGCUACCUGCAAGUCUCACCAAGCCGCGCCGAGGCGCAGAGAGCGAGGAGCUCAACACGCAUCUGUUUCUCUCGACGUAUCAACUGUACUUGAACAAUUACUCGACCAACACGCGCUCGGUUGGCGCGCCCGGAUGCGGCGCGGAGAGCCCUGGCGGCGACACGCAGCGCCUCGGCCCCGCAGCCCGCAGCGCCUUCGCUGUUGAGUCUGAGUUCACUGAGAGAUCUGCGGCCUUCGCUGAGGACGUGAAGCUUGAGGCGCAGCAGCAGACGGCAGUCGGAGGGAAGGCGCCGUUGGCUACCCACGUCAGCGACGACGCUGAGGGUGGGGAAGAGAAAGCCGCCGCGCCCCCCAAGCCCUCGCAUCUGUCGCUCUUCCCAAGUCGCAGCACACUGGGCAACAGCAUCUCGCUCUCCCACGUCGAAGAGUGCGCCCACUGGGCAGCGCACAUCAACUUGCUGCUCACGCGGUCGGACGGUCCAGAGAAAGAAGCUGCGCGCACGACCUUUCUCAAAACGUGCAUGAAUCUCAUCAUGAAGCAGCUCCUCGACCCCUGGAAAGAGUUCGUCGAGAGGAGUUUGCCGCAGUUCCUGCACGGCAUCUUCGACCCGGACUUUUCGGUUCAGACUGCCAUCAUGGACAAGUUGUAUCGCUUGCGCAGAGAUCUCGAAGCCGCGACGGGAAUCCCCUGCAGCACGCCCAUGGGGCCGCAGGCCGAGGCGCCUUCGCAGCCGCAUACACGCUUCCCCGAGAGGGCCAAAGGCGAGCCCGCGUCGCGCCUGUCGCCGUUUCGGGUCGAGACUCCGUCAGAAGAGGGUGGAGAGGCGGCGCGUGCCUCUCCGCCGCGUCCGAGUGAGAGAGGCAGGAGAAAAAAACGAGCCGCAGACAGCUCGCCAAGCGGUGGCGAAGACGCCGGCGGACGGGGGAACUCUCUUGAACGGACUUCCAAGAAGGGGCGCAAGCCUGAAAAGAACCGCAGUAGCCUCAGGCCCGACGAAGUCGGCGCGCGGAGCCCGUCGGUUGCGCGCGGCGCGGACGAGUCAGAUCCAGAGAGGGAUGACGCGUCGUCGGAGGUCUCUCGAGGAGCCUCGCCGAGCGCGCGUGGGCGCCGCAAGGAGGAGGGCAUGCCCAAGGGCGGUCGCAGGUCAACCGUCGCGAAGCCGCGGCGGCGAGCCGAGCAUCGACAGACGCUCAACGCAGUCGCUUCGCUGUUUCCAGACGCGGACGACGAGAAAGGCAGAGGCAGGGAGCCCGGGGGGAGGGCGGGACGGGAGAGUCACCUGAGCUCCGCAGGUGCACCAGGGACGCUGCCGCGUCUGCGCACGCCCCCUGUCGUGUCUGCUGCGUCGUCGUGUCCUUCAGCGCCCUCGCGCCAGACGUUGCUCGGGGGACACGGAGGGGGAGGAGACACGCGGGCCGCGGCGGUUUCGGGCUCGGGGAGCCGGAGACGCGGGAAGGAGAGACACCGCCGAGGCAGCGGCUUCCGUGACGAAGUCGACUCGUGUGCGUCGUCUAGCAGCCGCGCCAGCGAGCGGGGCUACUCGAGUGGGCAGUCCUCAGCGUCUUGCGCGUCGUCGUCGCCGGAGUCGUCUUCGGCAUCCUGCAGCUCCCCGUCGUCGGCGAGCGCCUCGUCCGCGACGUCGUUGCAGGCUGCAACCCGACACUCGCAGCGCCGGGUCUCGAGGACUGCGAAGCACAAAGACUCAGGGUCGCGCGCAUCAGAGCAGCUGCCGCACAUGGGCAGCUGUCUCGCGCGGCUCUCGCCCGUCGGGCCUGCCGCAGAGGCCCUGGAGGACUUCGCGUUGACGAACUUGUCGGAUCGCGCGUCGCCGUCGCGCGCGCACGUAGGCCUGCGCCUCGUCAAGAUGAAUGCGCUCAGGCAAGCGGGAAUCCCUGGAUUGCUCCGCGGGCGCAGGGAAGAAGGCCGAGCCCCAGCCGUGGGAGGGAACGCCGUCAGAGAAGACAGUCCCUUCUAUGCACUGACCUUCGCCAUGAUGCUGGGGCUCCAGAUGAGCAACGAACUGAGCGCAUGCAUUUUGCGACUCCGUCACGAGAAUGGGAGUUCGCUCGAUCUCGAGUUUCUGCUCGAGGAGCCGCUCCUCUUGCCGGUGCGCCAGUUCCACUUCUGGUGCUAUCCGCAGCUGCCGCGGCAGUUCUUCUGCGUCUUUGACGACUUCGCUCCCGACACGUUCGAGUGCGCCCGCGAACUCGCUGGUGUCACCGAGCAGGACUAUCGCAGCAGCAUGUGCCGCACAGACUUUUCAUUCAUCGAGUUCGAAAGCAACAGCAAGAGCGGCCAGUUCUUUCUUUUCUCCCACGACGGCAAGUACCUGAUCAAGACGAUCAGCCUCCGCGAGGUCAAGCAGGUGCUCAAAAUCCUUCCCGCGUACACAGAUCACCUCCUCUCGAAUCCGAACUCGCUUUUGACGCGGCUGUUUGGCCUGCACCGCGUCGAGAUUUACAAGCGCUACGACUUGCUGGAUGAAGACGAGUUCUGUCACCGCGGCAGCCGCGGCACGGACGAUCAGGCCGGCGACCUCUUCAGCGCCGCCGAAGAUGCGAGUGCGUCGCCUGCCGCAUCGCCCUCGAACCUGUCUCAUGACCUCUGCGCGCGGAUCUUGCGGGCUUCGUCAAACGCGACGAUCCUUGAGGGCGACGAGGAAGCAGAGGCUGAGGACGAAGAAGCCUGCGAGCGAGCGUCGUCGCCGGGCGCGCCGCGACCCGACGCACCUGCGAGGGGUAGGAGUGAUCGCCAGAGGCCCCCUGACAGUCCCCGCAGCGCGCGGCGGGAUAGCGAAGAGACUCCCGGCGGAGGAGACGCACCGGGGAACGAGGCGGCGCCGGAGGCUCUCGCCGGCGGAGUCUCGGCACCGGGCGGCGGCGGCGACAACGACGGCAGCGGCGACAACGACGACGUCGAGACGGCGUCGCCCCCGGACAUCCGCUUCGCGUCGCGCGAGACGCAGCACUCCGCGUUUCCGCCGGCAGGGAGCUCUCAGGCGUCGUGGCCUGGGCAAGGCGCAGCGUCGCCAGCUGGCGAGGGGUGUGUGCCGCCGCGGACGCGUCCGAGCGGCCAGCGACCGGGCGACGGGGUCGCACAGCCGCCGGGGUUCACGCACGCAGACAAAGAGAGAGGUUUGCUGUUCAGAGGCUCGCUGAAGGGCAUGCGCGACACGGUUCGCGCCUCGCUGAGACCCGUUGCCUCCGACGACGUGCCUGCCGCGGCGGCUGCAGAGUCCGCCUUCACGCUUCCGAGGAGUGUGCGCCUCCCCAGUCGCCCACUGAAACGCGAGCAGACGCCAUCGGCGUCGGGCGAGAGCCAUAUCCAGCAUAUCGCGUCUCUGGUCGCCGGCAAACUCUCGCAGAGACAAGACGGCCUCGGCAAGAAGAAGGAGGGACGAGACAGCGCAAAGGGAGCGGAGAAAAAGAAGCCCGCAGACACGCAGCGCUCAGGGCUGGGCGGCCGCCCGCAUGUCAAGCUCGUCGGAUCAAAGUCCAAGGCCCCCGCACAAAAAACGCUAAGGCACUCCGAUUCGCGCACAUUCGCGGUGCGCGACGAUGCGAAGAAGCACAGUGUCACAUGCGCGUACUUCGUUGUAAUCGGCACUGCCUUCGACCCCUUUUUGGGCUUGCAUGAGGCGUACGACCUGAAGGGCAGCACUGUGAGCCGCCGCGCCAAGCCCGACGACAGAGUGAAAAAAGACGUCGAUUGGCUUCAGCUGCAUAGACGCCUAGGCCUUCGCGACGAGGAGGCUCAGGAGUUGCUUCGCGCGCACCGCCUGGACUGCGAACUGUUGGAAACUCUGGGGGUGUUCGAUUACUCACUUCUUGUUGGCAUUCACAAAUGCAAACGCGGAAUGCCGGCGCAGACGGAGUCUCGGCGGGGUUCACUCGACGGGGCGCCCGGGUCAAAAGCCCCAGAGGAGUCCGGGGGCGUGGACGGGCCCUUGCGGCAGUAUACUCGAAGCUGCCACGAAUCGAAACAAUUUACGGACCGGUCGCUGUCGGCCGAGAGUGGCGCGUGGCGCGAGCCGAGCCCGGCAGACAACGUGCCUCUGAUCUCCACUUCGCCCUCAACUGCGUCCCUCGAGGAAGUGAAGAGCCGUGCGAUCUCUCCCGCGCUGGAAGGAGCGCCAGGGGCGGGCGACGCCGAGGCGGCGCCUGGGAAUUCGGGCGACGACUCCCCAAGAGACCGGCGCGAGGAGUCCCAGAGGGCCCGAAAUGAAGAGUUAUCAAGGGACCGAGGCGGAGCGUCGCGCGGGCGCGCAGAGGACGGGAGUGCGGCUGCAGUGGACGCGAGGGCCGCGGCGGGAGCAGAGCGCGACGAGAGCAAAGACGAGAAGGGCGAGGCCGGCGAGGAGGCGCCUUUCGAUCCGGACGAGAAGAGUGGACUCGCGAAGGCGUUCACUGCGGCUGCGAAGAAACCGGUCGGGAAGGCGCACUUUUCUGCAGUCGCGCGCAUGCGGUCGCCGCCGCUGUGCUCUUCGGACUCGUCGCUCGGCCGCGAAACAAGCAGAGAAGAUCUGUCGCUCGUUCUCGCGACGCCGACCUUGCAAACGACCCCCACGCAUGCUGCGGCCUGCGAAGACUCGCGCGAAGGGAAAGGGCGGAGUGGGGACUGCCUCGUCGCGGACCUGCGCAGCCAUCCGGCGCGGAGCAGAGGAGGCGAAAACAUCCUCUCCGCUUCGAGCUCGAAGCUGCCCUACUCACACACAGUCUGCUCGUUCUACACCAAGAGCUGCAUGGAGACGGCGUUCAUGUCCCCUCCCUCACCCGACAGCGGCUUUGGCGUGAAGGUGAUGAGCGCAGACAUGUCUGAGAUCUACUUCUUGGGAAUUAUCGAUUUUCUGACUCCCUACGACUGGCGACGCUACGGACACACCGCGUAUAAACGCCUGAAAAGCACCAUUAUGUGUGAGUUCGGCGAAAUUUCACCCGUCCCGCCUGCGUACUACGCGCAUCGCCAGCACACCUUUGUGCGGAAGCAUGUGAUUAAAGCACUCCAGAGGGACUCCAUGGAGCGGCGGCCUCGGGCGGUGCUCGCGGCGGAGCGUACAGGCAUGUCGCGUCGCAAGUUGAUCAAGGUGAUGAGAACUCGGGCCAGAGAGCGGAUGGAGGAGCGACAGGAGGACAGCGAAGAUAACGCGGAGGCGGAGGUAGAGGAGGACGGGAUUCCGAAGGAGGGGAAGGCACUGAGGAAGAGACUCGCUCGGGAGACGCGGAAACUGAACAAGGACUCGCUGAGAAAGAAGGGCGCGGGGCCGAAUCUGCGGAGCGGCAGCAAAUGGAGCCUGACGCUCUUCGAAGGCCGGAAGGGGAAGAGCGAUGAGGGGGAGGGCAACAAGACGAAUAAGAGCGAGCGGACUCACCACCGCAAGCAAAAGAAGUAG